AUGUAUUCCCAUCAUCAUCAUCAUCACCAUCAUCAUCACCACAGAAGACGAGCUAAUAAUUUCACAUACGUGAGCUCCUGUGUUAAAUAUAUGAUUUUUAUGCUCAACUUUAUCUUCUGGCUUUUCGGAGGAUUGUUGAUCGGAGUAGGAAUCUAUGCGUUUUACGACAAAUUGCAAACCACUGGGACUAUUAAAGUCGAAAAUGUUUAUGAUAUUGUUCUUAAUAUCUCACUUGUGAUGGCUAUUGCUGGCGGAGUUGUGUUUAUUGUUAGUUUUGCUGGCUGUGUUGGUGCAUUGAGAGAGAAUACAUGUCUUCUUAAAUUUUUUAAAUGCUGCGGUCUGAGCCAGGAGGGAUACUUGGACUGGCAAAAAAACGAGUACUUUAAUUGCUCGAGUCCCGGGCGAGAAAGCUGUGGUGUGCCGUUUUCAUGUUGUAUCAACACUACGGAUAUAUCAAGCGGAUUAGUAAAUAUAAUGUGCGGCUAUCAAAUUCAGACGCUGCCAUCCUCGGAGGCGAGUAAGAGAAUAUGGAUAAGCGGAUGCAUUGAAAUAGUUAGGACAUGGGCUGAGCGUAAUCUCUAUACAAUAGCGGGGAUUGCUCUCGGUAUCGCGUUAAGUCAAUUGUUUGUGAUUUAUUUAGCUAAAACAUUAGAAGGACAAAUUGAGAUGCAAAGAGCACGCUGGCGUUCUUGA